AUGUGCAUGGUCAUUUUAAUAGUGGAACCAUUACGGCCAUAUUGGGUCCGUCGGGCGCCGGAAAGUCUACACUAUUGUCGUGUAUUACUGGUCACCGGAGGACAGGUCAAGUUUGCGGUUAUUGGUCAGGACGACCAUCUGCUCAAUAGGGUGACCACAUUUGAAUCGCUGGUAUACGCGUCGAGACUAAAAAACGAGCCGAGCGUUGAACACACGGCUGUCGCCCGCGAUAUACUCCAUAGGCUUAAGAUCGCCGAUUGCGCGAACCAGAGGCCUAACCAAUGCUCCGGUGGUCAACGCAAACGUAUAUCCAUAGCCUUGGAGUUGGUCUCCCGGCCACAUGUGCUCGUACUGGACGAGCCCACCACCGGUCUCGACUCAAUGACCACUUGGCAACUGAUCCGCACUCUAAUCAAACUGUGCAAACAGUCGACACCGGCACCCAUGGCUAUCGCUUUAACCAUACACCAACCCAGCGCUAAACUAUUCACCUUGUUUGACUCUGCAUAUGUUAUGUCAUACGAUGGUCAGUGCAUAUAUCACGGGCCGCCGCAAACCAUGACUGGCCACUUGGGUCGAUACGGUCUAGUGUGUCCAGAUUACUAUAAUCCGGCAGAUUUUGUGUUGGAUAUUGCGUGCAAAGAGUACGGCAUCGAGAAAGUGAUGAUGUUAUCCGAUGCCUACCGGAGCGCUGUGUCAGCCAAUGAUAAUAACUUGGAUUCUAUGGAUAAUAACAACAAUAAGUGUCAGUUUGAGAUCAAGACACAAAUUAAUGACACAUUUUGGCGAUCGCUAUGGAUAUUGAUUGAAAGCUAUCUGUACGGUGAGGACAAUGGGGUGCUGUCGGGCUGUGCCGUCGAUUACAUGGUGACUGCCGGCGAUUACUUCGAGCACAUGAUUAUCGUGAGGAAUGCUAUAGUAGACAAUGGCCUGGAAAUGGCAUUCAUUACCAUAGCUUUCUGUUUUGGUGCCAUAUUUCCCGCGUGUAUUGUAUUUCCUAAAGAGAUUAACUGCUUUGAAAAGGAGUACGGAAACGGGUGGUACUCAUGCCUGGCAUACGUGUUGUCAAAAAUCAUUGUCGACAUACCGUUUCAGAUACUGAUGCCUAGUUUGGGCUCAUUUUACGUCUAUUACAUGACCGGACAGUAUAUGCAUCCCAUUUGGCGUAUGUAUACGUUUGCAGUUAUACUGAUCCUCAUAUCGUUGACGGCCAGCGCUCAGGGAUUUCUAUUCAGCGCUCUCUUCCCCCGUAAUCCGGAAGUCGCGGCCACUUUAGGGCUCACUAUUAUCAUACCAAUGAUGCUAUUUUCAGGGACUUUGGCCCGACUUGAGACAAUGCCGGCGCCCUUACGAGUGAUCACUUACUUUGAUUACCUGCGGUUCGGCUUAGAGUCGAUGAUUGUCGACAUCUAUGGUCUGAAUCGAUGCGAUGACAACCCAUUAGUGGUCAACAAAACUGAUUUCUUACAGCAUUUCAGUGACGAAACACUUAUGAAGAUAUACUCAUCGGAAGUGAUUCCCUAUGAGAAACUGCUAUCAAUCAUAGACUUGAGCUCCGGUAGUGACGACCACUUCGGCAAUGAUGGCACCAUUACGGCCAUAUUGGGUCCGUCGGGCGCCGGAAAGUCUACAUUAUUGUCGUGUAUUACUGGUCACAAGAGGACAGGUCUGACCGGAUCUAUACGUAUAACAACGGAUCAAAAGGUCAAGUUUGCGGUGAUCGGUCAGGACGACCAUCUGCUCGAUAGGGUGACCACAUUUGAAUCGCUGGUAUACGCGUCGAGACUUAAAAACGAGCCGAGCGUUGAACACACGGCUGUCGCUCGCGAUAUACUUAAUAAACUAAAGAUCGCCGAUUGCGCGGACCAGUGGCCUAACCAAUGCUCCGGUGGUCAACGCAAACGUAUAUCCAUUGCCCUGGAGUUGGUCUCCCGGCCACACAUACUCGUACUGGACGAGCCCACCACCGGUCUUGACUCAAUGACCACUUGGCAACUGAUCCGCACUCUAAUCAAACUGUGCAAACAGUCGGCACCGGCACCCAUGGCUAUUGCCCUAACCAUACACCAACCCAGCGCUAAACUAUUUGACUUGUUUGAUUCGGCAUACGUAAUGUCAUACGACGGUCAGUGCAUAUAUCACGGACCGCCACAAACCAUGACUGGCCACUUGGGUCGACACGGUCUAGUGUGUCCAGAUUACUAUAAUCCGGCAGAUUUUGUGUUGGAUAUUGCGUGCAAAGAGUACGGCAUCGAGAAAGUGAUGAUGUUAUCCAACGCCUACCGGAGCGCAGUGUCAGCCGAUGAUAAUAACACUGAUAGUAAAUGUCUGUUUGAGAUUAAGACACAAAUUAAUGACACAUUUAGGCGAUCGUUAUGGAUAUUAAUUGAAAGUUAUCUGUACGGCGAUGACAAUGGGGUGCUGUCGGGCUGUGCCGUUGAUUUUAUGGUGAUUGACGGCGAUUACUUCGAGCACAUGGUGUUAGUGAGGAGUGCAUUAUUUGACAAUAGCUUGGAAUUGGUUUACAUUACGAUAGCAUUUUGUUUUGGUGCCACAUUUCCCGCGUGUAUUGUAUUUCCCAAAGAGAUCAACUGCUUUGAAAAGGAGUGCGGGAACGGGUGGUACUCAUGUCUGGCUUACGUGCUGUCAAAGAUCAUUGUCGACAUACCGUUUCAGAUACUGAUGCCUAGUUUAGGCUCGUUUUACGCCUAUUACAUGACCGGACAGUAUAUGCAUCCCAUUUGGCGUAUGUAUACGUUUGCUGUGAUACUGAUUCUCAUAUCGUUGACGGCCAGCGCUCAGGGAUUUCUAUUCAGCGCUCUCUUCCCCCGUAAUCCGGAAGUGGCGGCCACUUUGGGGCUCACUAUUACUAUACCAAUGAUGCUAUUUUCAGGGACUUUGGCUCGAAUCGAGACAAUGCCGGCGCCCUUACGAGUGAUCACUUACUUUGAUUACUUGCGGUUCGGCUUAGAGUCGAUGAUUGUCAACAUCUAUGGUCUGAAUCGAUGCGAUGACAACCCAUUAGUGGUCAACAAAACUGAUUUCUUACAGCAUUUCAGUGACGAAACACUUAUGAAGAUAUACUCAUCGGAAGUAAUUCCUUAUGAGAAACUGCUAUCAAUCGUAGACUUUGGCUUCGGUAGUGACGACCACUUCGGCAAUGAGUCUAAUGUUAUCACUUAUUAUGGUCUCCAAGACUGGCAUUUAAUGCAA